AUAACUUUAUCACUUUUUCAAAACUUUUUUAAUUGUGCGCAUUCCUGUGUCCGCGUUUCCCUGCGAAUGGCUGCCAGCUGGUGUUUGGCAACGCCUGAUAACAAAUGAGUUUUAUUUUUGAAUUUAUUGCAUCUUUUGUACGCAAAAUGCUGGAGCUGCUGCAAUUUGGGGGCAAGACUCUGAAGCACACAUUGAGCAUUUAUGUAAAAACCAACACGGGCAAGACUCUGACUGUGGACUUGGAGCCCCAGUGGGAUAUCAAGAACGUAAAGGAACUGGUGGCCCCGCAAUUGGGACUUCAGCCGGAUGAUUUGAAGAUUAUUUUUGCUGGCAAGGAACUAAGCGAUACCAUAACUAUAGAGCAAUGUGACUUAGGCCAGCAGAGCAUUUUGCACGCCAUCCGCUUGCGACCGCCUGUGCAGCGCCAGAAAAUUCAGUCGGCUACGUUGGAAGAGGAGGAACCAUCGUUGGGUGAAGAACCCUCAAAGCCUCUCAAUGAAACCCUUUUAGAUUUGCAAUUGGAAAGUGAGGAGCGGCUCAAUAUCACUGACGAGGAAAGAGUCCGUGCCAAGGCGCACUUCUUCGUACAUUGUAGCCAGUGCGAUAAGCUAUGCAACGGCAAACUUAGGGUGCGCUGCUCCCUCUGCAAAGGUGGUGCUUUUACCGUCCACCGAGAUCCUGAGUGCUGGGAUGAUGUUUUGAAGUCCCGUCGCAUUAACGGACACUGUGAAAGUCUGGAGAUAGCUUGUGUGGACAACGAGGCUGGCGAUCCGCCUUUCGCUGAAUUCUUCUUCAAGUGUGCGGAGCAUGUUUCUGGCGGGGAGAAGGACUUCGCUGCUCCCUUAAAUCUUAUCAAAAACAACAUCAAAGAUGUGCCUUGUCUUGCUUGCACAGAUGUGAGCGAAACAGUUUUGGUCUUCCCUUGUGCUUCGCAGCACGUAACAUGCAUCGAGUGCUUUCGCCACUAUUGCCGCUCCCGAUUGGGCGAGCGCCAAUUCAUGCCGCAUCCGGACUUUGGCUACACCCUUCCCUGUCCCGCCGGCUGUGAGCAUUCAUUCAUUGAGGAAAUCCAUCACUUCAAAUUGUUAACGCGCGAGGAGUACGAUCGCUACCAGAGGUUCGCCACCGAGGAAUAUGUUCUACAGGCUGGCGGAGUUCUUUGUCCGCAACCCGGUUGUGGCAUGGGUCUCUUGGUAGAGCCAGAUUGCCGCAAGGUGACCUGUCAGAAUGGCUGCGGCUACGUGUUUUGCCGCAACUGCCUGCAGGGCUAUCAUAUCGGGGAGUGUCUGCCCGAGGGGACGGGCCCCAGUGCUCAAAACUCAUGCGAAUACACCGUGGAUCCGAAUCGUGCUGCUGAGGCGCGUUGGGAGGAGGCCAGCAAUGUCACCAUCAAAGUCAGUACCAAGCCCUGUCCAAAGUGUCGAACGCCCACGGAGAGAGAUGGCGGCUGCAUGCACAUGGUCUGCACACGCGCUGGCUGCGGAUUCGAGUGGUGCUGGGUCUGCCAGACAGAGUGGACACGCGACUGCAUGGGCGCCCACUGGUUCGGCUAGUCGUUCGUCGGCCCGAAGUGGCCGUUUUGUUUGUUGACUGCUUUUAAAUUGUAUACUAUAGUAAAGACUGCUCGAGCAACACCCUG